AUCCUAAAAGGGGUUGAAGUUUCCGCAGCGUGCAUAAAAUAUUUAAUAUAACUUUAUUCUUUUAGGAAGAAAUUAGUUUCUUCAAUAUGAUUGACGUCUUAGUGUGUUUUCUUAGAAGUUGAUAGGGCUAGUGUUGACAUUUCAUGUGGCUAUUGUUGAAUAUUUAUCCUUUCGGUGAUAAUUUGCAUUGAAGAUUGAAAAGAAAGGAGCCAUUAGAUUUCACUUGUCAUUUCAACAAAUAAGGACCCUUCAAUUCAUUGCUCGAAAAUUUAAGAAAUAGAAGAAAUUGUAUUUUGAAUCUUGAUUUCUGCACUAUGUUGUGAACCUGGAAAAUGAAAGUUUUUCUUAAAUUUAUUUUCAUCGUUCUGUCUUUGUUGACUUCAUGAUCUUUGUGAUUGUGAAGCUGGAACAACCCUCAGAAUUUUGCUGUUUUUUCAGGGACUUAUUUACUCUCCAAUUGCUCUGCAUCGGAAGUAUGGUUACAAAAUUAAUAUAGGUUGCCUGUUUUUCUUUUUAGAUGAAAAUUUUAACUAUAGUAUUAGUGAUUCUAGCAGGCAAUUAUUUGUGGAAGAGUUCAGAAGCUCCUGUGCAAAAAAUAUUGAGAAAUGGUCGAACUGUAACCAGUUUUUCAGUUAGAAUAGGGGAAAUGCUUGACCAAAGACUUGCCGAAGCCUUCCCUGUGGCAUAGAUUGCUGUGCAUAAUGAAUUAGUUGGGGCAUAUGCAGUUCAACAACUUUCUAAAAGAGUUUACAGUGACAGCAUUAAGGUGAAGUUAAGUAUGUCUCAGAGAUAAUGUGUUCAUAAUGAUGGUGGUUGACUUCUGUUGCCUCUUCCGCACUUACUGGGACAGUUCGCCUUAUAAAGACCCAGAAAGCAUCAGCAAAAAAAUCCUUUUGAGGAUUUGUGAGAAGGAUUGUUUAAACCGAAAGUCAGUGGGCACAUUGUUGAAAAGUUAUUUGUGGAAAGUGAAAGUAGCUGGAGCUUCUAACUUCCGCAAUGAUUCUUGCCCGAAAUGUGGCAGCAUUGAAGUUCCAUAUCCUCUUAGUGCUGGUGAAAACUGUGGAGACCCCAGGUAUAAAGUGUUUUGCAACAAUGACAUUCUGCAAUUUCAGUCAGCUGAGGGUUUUUACUAUAAUAUCAUCAGCAUUAAUCCCACUUCUUAUAAGCUUGUUAUAAGCCCUCCUUCAAUACUCAAUAACACUUGUGACUCUUCUGAUUUAUCUUUAGGAGGCUUUAGGAUAGAUGAUGAUUCACCCUUUAAUAUAUCUACUCAUAACACUGUCAUGCUAUUUAACUGUUCUGAUAGAAUACUUCUGUCACCAUUGAACUGUUCUUCGACUAGCUUCUGCAGGCAGUUUGAGGAGAAGGCUCCAGAAGGAAGCUGGUGCUCAGGCACCCUUUGCUGCCAUUACUUGAAAGAUUCAGCCAUGAAUGCUCAUAGGAUUAGGGUCAGGGUUGGAGGCUGCACUGCUUAUACUUCUGUGGUUGAUAUAAAGCCUGGAGAUACCAUUGAUUCCUGGAACUAUGGUAUUGAGCUGCAAUGGUUGCCUCCCAACUAAGUAGCAGUUCUAAAGCCAUGACCAUUCAGUGUUACAUCUUGUGUAAUGCAGGUGUCUGUUAUCACUUGCAAAAAGGGUACCUUUGUCUUUAAAUAUGUAAGUCUUUAUGAACGUAUUGCUUCAACGUUUGUUUGUCUAAUAAAAUCUCAUUAGCACA